AUGCAGAGCCGCAAGAUUCACGGUCGGCCCGCUGAGGACUCUGCUCCUCUCAAGACCUCUUAUGUCACCGCCAAAAAGUCCCACGACCCGUGGGUUCACCUGCUAGCCGGCGCGAGUGGUGGUUUCGCAACUGCUAUCGCCACAUCUCCCCUCGAUGUUCUGAGGACACGCCUUCAAUCCGACUUCUAUCAACGUCCUCCUGCUCCGUCCUCCGCGGCCUCCGGCGCCGCGGCCACCAUCCCAAAACACACAAGCCACAAGACCGCUCGAAUUAUUAGCAACAUCUACCAAGCAGAAGGAUGGCGAGCCUUCUUCCGUGGUCUCGGUCCUAGUCUUGCUGGCGUGGUCCCGGCGACCGCCAUCAAAUUCUACGUCUACGGAAACUGCAAGCGGAUCGGCGCCCAACUACUAGGAACAGGCGAAGACUCGAUACUCGUACACGCGCAGGCCGCCAUUGCCGCGGGAAUUGCGACAGCCACAGCAACAAAUCCCAUCUGGCUGGUCAAGACACGGCUGCAAUUGGAUAAGGCCCAAGCAGCCACCGGAACUCGCCGGUACAAGAACAGUCUGGACUGCGUUCGUCAGGUUCUUCGCCAGGAAGGUAUCAGUGGAUUGUACAAGGGACUCAGCGCGAGUUAUUUGGGCUCAUUAGAGACUGCGCUUCAUCUGGUUCUUUAUGAGCGGAUAAAAACUACAUUGCAUACCUCGCUUGGGUCGCCUGAAGGCAAGGAGACGGCCACCCAAAAGGAAAUUACGAGCUGGCUCAGCACAACCGGUGCGGCGGGAUCCGCCAAGUUUGCUGCGGCUCUGAUCGCAUAUCCACACGAGGUCAUCCGAACUCGACUUCGUCAGGCACCAAUGGAGAAUGGCGUCCCUAAAUACACCGGCUUGCUGCAGUGCUUCCGACUAAUCGCUAAGGAAGAGGGUAUGGCUGGUCUCUACGGAGGCCUGAUGCCGCACAUGGUCCGCUCGGUCCCCUCAGCCAUCAUCACCCUGGGCGUCUAUGAAUUUGUUCUGCGGUUUGUCGGCACAUCGGCCUAA